AUUGCCAGAUAUUGUUUGGGCCAAAAAAAAAAAAAGGGGGAACCAAAACCAGUUGUAAGUCCAAACCCCUAAAGCUUCUCCUCGUCUGCGCACACACACACACACACACACACACACUCUCUGCCGGUGUGCCUUUCACAAAUGGAAGAUAUUGAAGAUUUGCUGGUGGGUACCGGAGUUCCUCCAGGUUUCCGGUUACCGGUACCAGCAGCUGUUGGAGUCAAUCCAAAAAAGCAAAGGAAAAAGAAUGGUUUAACCAAAGUAGUUCAAGACUCUCCUACACCCAAAAUACCUGGCACUCAGACUAUUUACAUCAAGACAUUUGGAUGUUCUCAUAAUCAGAGUGAUUCUGAAUAUAUGGCUGGUCAGCUUUCAGCUUUUGGUUAUGCUCUGAGUGAUAACCCUGAUGAGGCAGACCUCUGGAUGAUAAAUACCUGCACAGUCAAAUCUCCUAGUCAGUCUGCCAUGGAUACGCUUAUAAGUAAAGGAAGAAGUGCAAAAAAGCCAUUGGUAGUCGCAGGUUGUGUUCCUCAAGGAAGCCGUAAUCUGAAAGAGCUAGAUGGAGUUAGUAUAGUAGGAGUUCAGCAGAUUGACCGUGUGGUUGAGGUUGUGGAAGAGACUUUGAAAGGUCAUGAAGUUCGGCUACUAACCCGGAAGACAUUACCAGCACUUGAUCUUCCAAAGGUCCGAAAGAACAAGUUUGUUGAGAUUCUUCCAAUAAAUGUUGGUUGUUUAGGUGCUUGUACUUAUUGCAAGACGAAGCAUGCCCGUGGUCAUUUAGGAAGUUACACAGUUGACAGCCUUGUGGGCCGAGUCAAAAAUGUCAUUGCUGAUGGAGUGAGGGAGAUCUGGUUGAGUAGUGAAGACACCGGGGCAUAUGGUCGCGACAUUGGAGUUAAUCUUCCUAUUCUAUUGAAUGCUUUAGUUGCAGAGCUUCCUCCGAACGGAAGUACAAUGCUCCGAAUUGGGAUGACCAACCCUCCUUAUAUUCUUGAGCACUUGAAGGAGAUAGCUGAUGUCUUACGUCAUCCGUGUGUGUAUACUUUUCUUCAUGUGCCAGUUCAGUCGGGUAGUGAUUCAGUCUUGAGUGCCAUGAACCGUGAAUACACUGUCGGCGACUUCAGGAAGGUGGUGGAUACAUUAAUGGAACUGGUCCCUGGGAUGCAGAUUGCAACGGAUAUUAUAUGUGGAUUUCCUGGUGAAACUGAUGAAGAUUUUGCUCACACAGUUGACCUUAUUAAGGACUACAAGCUUGCUCAAGUUCAUAUAUCACAGUUCUACCCUAGGCCCGGCACUCCUGCUGCAAGGAUGAAAAAGGUUCCUAGUAAUGUGGUGAAGCAACGGAGCCGUGAAUUAACUGCUGUAUUCGAGUCCUUUACUCCAUAUACUGGAAUGGACGGGAAAGUAGAGAGAAUAUGGAUUACUGAUAUAGCUUCAGAUGGAGUUCAUUUGGUGGGACACACUAAGGGAUACAUUCAGGUCCUGGUGAUUGGUCCAGAAAGCAUGCUGGGUACCUCAGCUAGGGUGAAAAUAACAUCUGUAGGUAGAUGGUCAGUCUUUGGAGAAGUGAUCGAGAUCCUCUGCCAAAAUAAUAAUAAGGAUGUCCGCUCACAUGAGAGUUUCGAUGAAAGGUGCUCCCCAUGCGCCCUUUCAGAAGAAGCUUGUGCCUGUUCAAAAGAGCAAGAACCUUGCUCUGCAACAUCUGGUGGUUGCUGCAGUCAAAGCACUCAAGAAGCAGCAACAACACUGCCGCAGAAUGACCCUACGGAAGAUAAUCACAGUAGCAGAAACUUAAUCGGAUGGUUUCUGAGGAAUCGUAAGAAUUAUUCACACAAAAAGGUGGACUUAACUAGCUCGGAGUCUAAGGAGAAGCAAAUACAGGAUGAUUUAGGUCAUCGCCAAAGCGCUUGGAGUUCUGUUGAUAUAGCUCUUCUUAGUGGAAUAUUAUUGAGCUUGUUCACAAUAGUAGCUCUAUUUUUGAAUCUUGGAUCUAGGAGUUUGUCAUCUAAGUAGUAGAUCAAUUUUGUAUCUGUAACUUUUUUCUAUGAAGUCACAAAAGUUCAGGGCAGAUGUGCAAGAGUUUGACAUUUUGGUUUGUUUUAUGACAGUAGAAACGGCUACUGUGAUGGAUUUUGUGUCAACCAUGUGCUAUUGUACACUUUGCUGGAAUAGUAA